AUGGCGAGGAAGCUCGACGGUGGUCGCGGCCGCCUCGCGGAGGCGGUGGAGGCCGUUAAAGAUCACGGUGCCGGGGCGCUACACCUGGCCGCCGAGGGCAAGAGGGCGGAAGUGUGCGAGUACCUGGUCGAGGAUGUCCGGGUGGAUGUGGAUGCCCUUGACAUAUGUGGUAGAACACCUCUGGUUUGGGCAAUCAUUGGUAAAGGUGUGCAUGUGGAUAUUGUCAGGUAUCUUCUUGAUCACGGUGCCAAUCCAGAUAAUGUUGACAUAACAGGGCUUACCCCUCUCCAUGAGGCCGCCAAAAUAGGGCACUGUGAAGUAGUAGAACUCUUGCUCUCGAGAGGCGCUUUUGUCGAUCCGUUUUCUACUGAUCAUGGAACACCGUUGCAUGUUGCUUCUAAACAUAAGCAGGAUGGCGCUAUGAAGACUUUGUUGGCUCACCAUGCAGAUGUUAACAAGGUUCUAGACAAUUUCAGUUCACCUCUCAUGAUUGCUAUCUAUAGUCGCUCAGUGAAAUGUGUGAACCUACUGCUAGAGGCUGGUGCGGAUGUGAAGGGUAUGCGUACUAUGACCCCCUUGCUAGCUGCUGUAACAAAUGGCCUAUCUGGCGUCCUGAAGCCCCUAUUGGCUGCUGGUGCAGAUCCUAAUGUUCGAAAUGAAUUUGGUCACUUGCCAAUACAACUCGCGGCACACUUUGGUACACGCAAAGAUGUUGAGAUCCUGUUUGAAGUUACUUCUUCUCGUAUUCCAGCUGUACAUGAUUGGAGUGUUGAUGGAAUAAUUAGUUAUAUAAAGUCAGAGCCAAAGUUGGAGGAUAACCCUUUGUCUAAAAUGUCAGUAGCUAAGUUGAAGGAAGAAGGAGACAAAGCUUUGCGUAAAGAGGAUUAUGAUUCGGCAGUAGAAUUCUAUACCAUGGCUAUGGUUGUUGAUCCUGAAAAUGUUGAUUCAACCUUGAUUGGCAAUAGGGGUUUUUGCCGGCUUAACCUGGGCAAUGGAGAGGGUGCUUUAAAUGAUGCCCAUCUUUGCAGGACAAUGCGACCUGACUGUGAAGAUUCAUGCUGGCUGCAGGGCUACUCAUAUGUGCAACUAAAGGAGUACGAAAAGGCAUGUGAUUCAUUUCUUGAUGGUCUCAAAUUGAAGCCAAGAUUUGUUGGAAUUGAGAAGGCGUUAAGGCAAGCUCUGAGAUUACUGAAGGAAUCUCACGCUGACAAGAAGAACGGCUUAGAAGGACAAUAUCGUGAAGCACAUCUUUUCCUUUGAAGAGGGCAGUUUGAGUAACAAGUCACGUCGUGACUCUUUUGACAAGUUGCUUGCUGCGUGCUGAAGGUGAAGAACGUGGUGCUUGAUGCCCUGUUGGACUAGGUUCUUUUUGUGUCUGCGGCUGCAACCCUGAAAGCCUGAACAUUCUGUCGUCAUAUGCAUAUUGGCUGCGUAGUGCUACAAAGUAGAAACUGUUGUUAAUAUCUAUCUUUAACCAUGU